UGCGGCAUAGUAUAGCUUAGACUUGGGCCUAAAAUCGAUGAAAUUUUCAAAACACACUGUGCAAUUGAAAAUAAACGGUGAUUCUGCAUCAAACAAUUUCUUUAUAAUUUGUAUUUACUAUUUUCAUCAAUCACAAUGAGCCCAAAGCCAAUUAAUAAUUUCGUUGUAUAUGGUGAUCGUAUGCAUUCUGAACAACUUUGUACUACAUUAUUUUUUGAUCCGACCAAAUGUUGAGAUGGUUGGGUACUCCCCUGCCCCCGAUUGCGCCUCCCUCAUUUGCACAAACUUAUUUUUUUGGUGGCUGGAUGACCAUUGCAACAAAUAUGAAUUUUCCGAAUAUUCCACCCGGCUUGGAAUACCUUACUACUAUAAACCAAUUGCUGGUCAAGCAAAAAGUCGAACUUCUUGAGGCAUUCACGGGAUUUGAAACAAACAACAAAUUCACCAUAAAAAACAGUUUGGGUCAGAAGGUUUAUUGGGCUGUUGAGGAAAAUGAUUGUUGUACACGAAAUUGUUGCGGACCCUCGAGACCAUUUGAUAUGAAAAUCAUGGAUAUUUACAAAAAUCAAGUAAUACAUCUAAGUCGACCAUUAGCUUGUUCCAGUUGUUUUUUCCCGUGCUGUUUACAAACAAUGGUGGGCUAAUUUUUCAAAAACAAAAAAUUCUCUAGCAAAUCAGA